AUGUUCACAAGGCUUUCUAGUCAAGCUACGAAGAGGCCUUUAAAACAAUGGGUUAAGACUAAUGCACAGGUUAUCUUGGCAACGUCAUUAGCGGCGGUCACGGGUGUCGGUUUUUAUUUUUUCGCUAAUCCUAUCCACGCCAACGAGGCCGAAGAAGGUCUUCAUCCACCAGCGUAUCCUUGGUCUCAUAAAGAUAUUAUCAAGCGUGAAGGUCGUUUUGGAGAUUAUUCUAUCAAUGAGUAUAUACCUGGCUGUGUUCAACCAUUUAAAAGACGCAUACGUCGUGGGUAUCAGGUCUACAGAGAAGUUUGUUCCGCAUGUCAUUCACUCGAUCGCAUCGCGUGGCGUAAUUUAAUUGGCGUGUCACACACCGAAGAUGAAGUAAAAGCAAUGGCUGAAGAAGUAGAAUACACAGAUGGGCCAAACGAUGAGGGUGAAUAUUUCCAACGACCUGGAAAACCCUCUGAUUAUAUGCCACGUCCGUAUCCUAACGACGAAGCUGCUCGUGCAAGCAAUGCUGGAGCUCUCCCUCCCGAUCUUUCUUUAAUGAUUAAGGCCCGUCACGGUGGUGCUGAUUAUUUAUUUUCUAUCUUAACUGGUUAUAUGGAUGCGCCAGCCGGUGUCGAAGUUCGCGAGGGUUUAUAUUAUAAUCCCUAUUUCCCCGGUGGUGCAAUUUCAAUGGCAAGAGCUUUAUUUGACGGAUUAGUUGAAUAUGAAGAUGGUACUCCUGCGACCACAUCUCAGAUGGCCAAGGAUGUCACAACAUUUCUUGCAUGGGCUGCAGAGCCUGAACACGAUGAACGUAAAAAAAUGGGAGUCAAAGCAAUUAUCAUUAUAUCAAUUUUGACCGCUUUAUCGGUUUGGUUAAAACGAGCCAGGUUUGCAACCUUGAAGACAAGGAAGAUUGUGUAA